GUGGGCUCGAAGGCGCGCCCUUCCGCCGACAUCUUGGCUCAAGCGGUCCGAUGAGCGUCAGCGGAAACAUCCGGGGAAUCGCGCGCACCUCGGCGGCCAUUGCGGCUCGGCGUGCGGCAGCUUCAUAACCUUGAGAAGGCGGAGCGUCAGCGCGCUGUACUGGAGGAGCAGCGGAGCAGGAGGAGAGACGCCGAGGCAACGGAGAGCUGCAGAAAACCGUUACACGGCAUCGCUGCUUUACCUCACCGCUCUAACGGGAGAUCAGGGCGUGUACCGGCGCGUCUAACGGACAAUUAUGAGCGCGGUCGGACGGGAACCGGAGCGGCGGCGGCGUUGAGCGCGUUUUUUAUGUUUGAGGCGGAUCGGCGGGAUCUCUAGCUUUUGGGCGCACCAGCGCGUUUUUUUUUCUCGGUUGCUCGCGUCACAUUGACAUUUAUUAAUUGAAGCGGCAUUUUCCCGGAGCGUUGCGACCUGAAUCCCGGAGCGUUGAUUUUCCCUGACAUCAUCAUCAUCAUCGUCGCUCGGUGUGAACGGACAGCUUCGGUGGUCGUCGACGGGAAUCCGGGGGAUUUACAGGAUCCCGGUGUCGCCGCUCGGAUUCUGACGUUCGCGGCGCGUUUCUGAGGGAAAGCGAAUCUGUCGGCGGGAGAAACGGUAACGCUAUGGCUGACGACGACGUGCUGUUCGAGGAUGUGUACGAGCUCUGCGAGGUGAUCGGGAAGGGUCCGUUCAGUGUGGUGCGAAGAUGCAUCAACAGAGACACUGGACAGCAGUUCGCUGUGAAGAUUGUAGAUGUGGCCAGUUUCACCUCCAGCCCUGGACUCAGUACAGAGGAUCUGAAGCGGGAGGCGAGUAUCUGUCACAUGCUCAAACAUCCUCACAUCGUGGAGCUGCUGGAGACCUACAGCUCCGAUGGGAUGCUCUACAUGGUCUUUGAGUUUAUGGAUGGAGCCGAUCUGUGCUUCGAGAUCGUGAAGAGGGCUGAUGCUGGCUUUGUCUACAGCGAGGCGGUGGCCAGUCACUACAUGCGGCAGAUACUUGAAGCUCUGCGCUACUGCCACGAUAACAACGUCAUACACAGAGACGUCAAGCCUCACUGUGUGCUGCUGGCCUCUAAGGAGAACUCUGCUCCUGUUAAACUGGGCGGCUUCGGCGUGGCGAUUCAGCUGGGCGAGUCAGGGCUGGUGGCUGGAGGUCGGGUAGGGACCCCUCACUUCAUGGCUCCUGAAGUGGUCAAGCGAGAGCCGUACGGGAAGCCGGUGGAUGUUUGGGGUUGCGGGGUCAUUCUCUUCAUCCUGUUGAGCGGCUGUUUGCCUUUUUACGGCACCAAGGAGCGUCUGUUUGAAGCCAUUGUGAAAGGAAAGUACAAGAUGAACCCGCGGCAGUGGAGUCAGAUCUCUGAGAGCGCUAAAGACCUGGUGCGACGCAUGCUAAUGCUGGACCCGGCCGAGAGAAUCACCGUCUAUGAGGCGCUCAACCAUCCCUGGCUCAAGGAGAGAGAUCGCUACUCGUACAAGAUCCACCUGCCCGAGACGGUGGAGCAGCUGAGGAAGUUCAACUCUCGGAGGAAACUGAAGGGCGCCGUCCUCGCUGCCGUCUCGAGUCACAAGUUCAACUCGUUCUACGGCGACCCUCCUGAAGACCUCCACGAUUUCUCAGAGGACCCCACGUCUUCAGGAUUGCUUGCUGCAGAAAGUAGGUAUCCCACGGAGCCUUUGCUUGCCAUCCAAACAGCAUCCUCAUCUUUAUCUUCAUGGUCUGUUGUCUUGCAUGUUCCUCCAUCACUGAAGCACACGAUCAAACACGGCUCAAACGAUCAGAAAGCACGAGCUUCUCUGACGUGUCUGAUUCUGUAUUCGUGCAUGUGCACCACACUGCUGGAUCUCUACGAUAAGAUUAACACCCGCUCGUCACCCCAGAUCAGGAAUCCGGCCAGCGAUGCCGUCCAGAGAGCCAAAGAGGUGUUGGAGACGCUCUCCUGUUAUCUUGAGAACAUGGAGGCAAAAGAGCUGAAGAGAAUCCUGACACAGCCGCAUUUCAUGGCGCUGCUGCAGACGCACGAUGUCGUGGCUCAUGAGGUUUACAGCGACGAGGCGCUGCGAGUGACACCUCCACCCACGUCCCCUUACCUCAACGGAGACUCGCCCGAGAGCGUCAGCGGAGACAUGGACCUGGAGAACGUCACGCGUGUGCGCCUGGUGCAGUUCCAGAAGAACACGGACGAGCCCAUGGGCAUCACUCUGAAGAUGAACGAACUGAACCACUGCAUUGUGGCUAGAAUCAUGCACGGCGGGAUGAUCCACAGUCUGGGGACGCUGCACAUCGGAGACGAGAUUCGUGAAAUCAACGGCAUCAGUGUCACCAAUCAGACGGUGGAGCAGCUCCAGAAGAUGCUGCGGGAGAUGCGAGGCAGCAUCACCUUCAAAAUUGUGCCCAGUUACCGCAGUCAGUCUCUGUCCUGUGAUAAAGAUUCCCCUGAUCUGCCCAGACAGUCUCCUGCGAACGGCCACUCCAGCAUCACCAGCUCCAUCUUAGUAAGACUACCAAUAAACCACACCAAACCCCUUAGAUUCAAAAUAUACGUUCGAGCGCAGUUCGAGUACGAUCCCGCUAAAGACGACCUGAUUCCCUGUAAAGAGGCUGGCGUUCGUUUCCGGGUGGGUGACAUCAUCCAGAUCAUCAGUAAGGACGAUCAUAACUGGUGGCAGGGCAAACUGGAGAACACCAAGAACGGCACAGCGGGCCUCAUUCCCUCGCCGGAGCUGCAGGAGUGGUCUCUGUUUCCUCCAGUCUUCGACCAACUAGAUCUGGUGACGUAUGAAGAGGUGGUGAAGCUGCAGGCGUUCAAGAGGAAAACGCUGGUGCUGCUGGCUCUCUCUCUCCUGACAGACACCACCAGACCGCCGAAGAAGGACGAGGAGAACGGCAAGAACUACUACUUCGUGUCACAUGACCAGAUGAUGCUGGACAUCUCCAACAACGAUUACCUGGAGUACGGCAGCCACGAGGACGCCAUGUACGGCACGCGCCUCGAGACCAUCCGCCAGAUCCACGAGCAGGGCAUGGUGGUCAUCCUGGACGUGGAGCCGCAGGCGCUGAAGGUUCUGCGGACGGCUGAGUUUGCACCGUAUGUCAUCUUCAUCGCAGCACCGACUAUCACUCCUGCGAUGAACGAGGACGAGUCUCUCCAGCGGCUGCAGAAGGAGUCGGAGGCGCUGCAGCACUCUUACACACAUUACUUCGACCAGACGAUCAUCAAUAACGAGAUCGACGACACCAUCCGCCUGCUGGAGGAGGCCAUCGAACUGGUGUCUAGCACUGCGCAGUGGGUGCCGGUGUCCUGGGUGUACUAGCCAUCACACACACACACACGGACUUUACAGCCCGGCCACUACCAGUGCGUAGCAUUGUAUAUAUCUAUACAUAUAUAAAUAUCUAUAAAUAUGAACAUAUAAGUCAUAGAUAUGGUCCUGUACUAAUAACAAAGGGGGUUGAUGACAUUUUAUACGAUUUUCUUUUUAAACGUACGAGACGGCGUCUCAGAGCAAUGAUGAGCACAGUCAGUGGAGGGGGAGGAGCCAGCACCCCAUCAGCCCCACCCUGUGGGCGUGGCUACGUGACUCCGCCCACUGGCCUGCAGUAUAUAAGCACAGCUGACCCUCUCUCUCUCUCUCUC